UAAUGGGUUGAGAACGACUGGUCUAUAACAUUUUGACUAACAAAGCCUCUCUAAAUCCAGCCACACCCAAAGUGAUUGAGACCUUUAGUGAAGCUCCUCCUACAGCAAUCCACCAAUAAAUGCUGGAGUCAAACACAGAGAGAAAUCACUCCAUACUGAAAGCUUCAUGACUUCUUGUUGGUGUUGAUAGAAGAGCUUGAGAAGAUGAGAGAUUCACAACCAUGCAGAAUAAAGAUUGAAGAUACUGAAGAUCAAAGAGAUUUCAUGAUGGAAAUAAACAAGGACAAUCAUCCUGAACUGAAUAAAGCUGAUGAAACGCAUCAUAAUAUUACAACAAUACAGAAUGUUGCACAGAAAGGAACUCGAAGAACAGGAAACAAAAUGUGUGAAAAGAGUUUGAAAAAAGAUGGACUUCCUACAAAUCGCUCAAGGAUUCACAGUGAGGAGAAGCCCACGUGUCAUCGCUGUAGGAAGAGUUUCAACAGAAAAUCAAACCUCGCAAUGCACAUAAAAAUACACACUGGAGAGAAACCGCUCGCUUGCCAUCAGUGUGAAAAGACUUUCCUAAAUACAAAAGAACUUAAAAUACACAUGAGAACUCACACUGGAGAGAAACCAUACACUUGUCACGAAUGUGGAAAAUGUUUUACCCAAAUAGGACACUUAAAAAGACAUACGAAAAUCCACACUGGAGAGAAACCAUACACUUGUCACGAGUGUGGAAAAUGUUUUACCCAAACAUCACACUUAAAAUAUCAUAUGAAAAUCCACACUGGAGAGAAACCAUACACUUGUCACGAGUGUGGAAAAUGUUUUACCGAAAUAUCACAUUUAAAAACACAUAUGAAAAUCCACACUGGAGAGAAACCAUUCACGUGUGAUCUGUGUGGAAGGAGUUUUUCAUGUCUACGUAACCUUAACAUACACACAUUUAUUCACACCGGAGAGAAACCUUUUACAUGCAGUCAAUGUAAAAAAAGAUUCAGAUGUAAAAGCAACCUUACAGCACACAUGAAAAUUCACAGUGAAGAGAAACCUUUCGCUUGUCUUCAGUGUGAAAAGUGUUUCAGAGACGCAAAUCAACUCAAGACACACAUGACAAUUCACACCGGAGAGAAACCAUUUGCAUGUCAUCUGUGUGAGAAGAGUUUUACAACUAAAGGCAGUCUUAAGACACACAUGAGAAUACACACUGGAGAGAAACCUUUCAUGUGUCAUCUGUGUGGAAAGAGUUUUUCACAACUAACACACCUUAAGAUUCACGCAAGACUUCACACAGAAACUCUUUACAUGCAGUCAGUGUAA